ACUAUUCCCGUCGCUCCCCGCGCUCUGCCGCGCCUCCUUCCUCGCCUCCCUCCGCCUUCCCUCCCACUCCACUGGGCCGCGAGGAAGUCGCAAGAUGGCUGACGUCGCUUGGAAGUAAUGUUCCCCUCUGCAACAUGAAGCCGUGAGCGUGGAAGAAAGCGAGGGAGGCACCAUCGGGCUUUUAUUUUUAUUUUCUUUUAGUUACUUUUCUUUUCUUUCGUCAAACAUCCAUCUCAUUCCGCGUCGUGUCCGCCCCGGACUAGUCUUCGGGAGUUGACGCGUCAAAUCACGCCGGGGACCCUGCCAGCAGCAGCUAGCAGCUUAGCCACAGUUAGCAAAUAUUAGUGCAGCCAGGCACGCUGCUCAUUAGUUUGUGUUAAAUUAAUAUUCUGACACCUGUUAUCCCGCACGCUGGUGCUGCACACGUGCUGAAAUUUCCCAGAGCCAGUGCCGAAUAAAUGUGAACAUUUCCAUCUGUCAGAUUUUUAAAAAAACAACGGUUUUCAAGCUGCUCGGUUCACCAUCAUGUCCGCGAACUGGCCAUCCAGCCUGUGGGUUUGCUAACUAAAAAAAAGCGCAGUAUUGCAUCUGUUUCAUGUGCACAAAACAGCGGGAUUUUUUUUUAUUUUGCAGACAUUUCUCGGUAACAUCCACCAUCUCGCUGCAUUUCCGUUACUCGCUACCGACUGCAUUUUGGAAGCUGGUCGUGUUAAAGCCAAAUUAUGGGAGCAGGAAACGUGUUAAACUUUUUCUGGUAGGUAGGUAGGUAGCUACACUGGCCUUUUCUGGCAUCUCACCAAAAAUCCACAGGGAUGGACACUAAACUGAGCACCCUCGACCAAAACUAAAGUAAAGAAAAAAAACAAAUUGGCAUUUCGUUAUCUUGGGAUAACUACCAGAGACAGUCGUGCGGCGGUGCAUGGUGACUCGUUUUGCUAGUCAGCGUGACAGCCAAGUUGGUUUGCUGGGUUAACUAAACUACAGUUUUGUCACUACAUCGGAGACCAGUUAGCUUUGCCCCGGAGUGCACAGCUAGCUGCAAGUCUCGCCCCACAACACGUUACAAACACGGCGUACAGAACGUAUUCAGAGCCCGCUCCCGGUCAGACGCACCGGCUCAAUAACACCGUCAUGGGAGUGCAGGGCUUUCAGGAGUAUUUAGAGAAGCGGUGUCCCGGGGCCACGGUCCCCGUGGACCUCCUCAAGCUUGCCCGGACCGCGGCCCGCCAGCCCCCUCACCAUCAUCACCCACACCACCACCCACAUCACCCCGGGCCCAUGCCUCCCCCGCCCCCGCCUGCCAGGAUCCUAAUCGACGCUGAUUCCGGCCUGCAGCGCCUGUACGGCGGCUACCAGACGGACUGGGUGUGCGGAGGCGAGUGGAACGCCAUGCUGGGAUACCUGGCCGCCCUGUCGCAGGCCUGCUUGUACCAGGGUGGCCUGGAGCUGGUCGUGGUUUUCAACGGCACCCUGGGGAAGGAGCGCUGGCCCGAGUGGGCGCGGCGAGCUCAGAGCCAGCGACAGACGGCGCAGCUGAUAGUCAACCACGUCGGCAGCAAGGCCACCCCGCCUCCCCGGGCAUGGUUCCUGCCCCCGGCCUGCCUCAGCCACUGUGUCCGCCUCGCCAUGUUCCGCUUCCGAGUGCGGGUUGUACAGACUUUGGAGGACCACCACCAGGAAGUGCUCUCUCUCUACAGGGACUAUGGAUUUGCAGGCCUGAUCGCUCAGGAUUCAGAGUUUGCCCUCUGCAACGUGCCCGCCUACUUUUCCUCGCAUGCGCUCAAACUGAGCUGGAACGGAAAGAACCUGACCACACACCAGUAUCUGCUGUCCGAGGCCGCCAGGCAGCUCGGGCUCAAGACACAGCACCUGCCCUGCUUUGCUGCUCUGCUGGGAAAUCAUAUUUUGCCUGAUGAAGACCUGGCUGCCUUCCACUGGAGUCUGCUGGGACCAGAACACCCACUAGCCUCCCUCAAGGUGCGAGCCCAUCAGUUGGUGCUGCCGCCCUGUGAGGUGGUGAUCAAAGCCGUCUCAGAGUACGUCGCCUCCAUCAAAGACCUGGGAAACCUCGACGCCAUUGCCAGAGAUGUCUUCAAACAGUCACAGUCUCGUAUGGAGGACAAGGUGGAGCGAUUCAAGAAAGCUGUGGAGUAUUUCUCAGCUGCCUCCAAACCCCGCUCACCUAACAUGGGGCCCUCCUCUUUCAUCUUACCUGGGUUUGGACCUGCUCCAUUUGGGGGACCACCUGGUCACAUGGGACCGAUGCAGCCUGGAAAGAAUCAGUUCCCUCCCCCCCAGGUCCCGGGGUUAAAGCCACACUAUCAAAAUGCUCCAUAUGGACCUGGCUCCGCCCCUCUGUUCCAGACCCCACAGCCGCCAUCCCAAGACUGCAAUGACUCACUGACGGGCAAGAUGGGCUUCACUGACUGGUCAGCUCCAUAUGAUUCCACUCAGGGGGGAAGUCGACUACCCAAUCAUCACACCGCCGCUCUGUCUGGCCCCUCUCCGUCUCCUUCCUCAUCGUCGGAUGGAGAUGAACCCAAUGACAGCAACGCCAAUCAUUUGACAGACAAGUCCUCUCGGUGGGAGGAUCCCACUGGAAGAGGGGGCUCCGGCUCUGGAGACGGUUCCCAAGGCAACGGGAGCGGGUCAAACAUUCCGUCACUGUUAUCUAUGGCGACGCGGAGUCACAUGGACAUAACCACACCCCCUCUGCCUCAGGUCAGCGCUGAGGUUCUUCGUGUAGCCGAACACAGACACAGAAGAGGGCUGAUGUACCCCCAGAUUUACCACAUAUUGACCAAGGGAGAGAUGAAGAUGCCAGUGUGUAUAGAGGAUGAGUGUAACUCUGAGCUGCCUCCUGCCUCUCUGCUGUUCCGUGCUGCCAGACAGUAUGCCUACGGCGUCCUCUUCAGCCUGGCUGAAACACACCGCCGCCUGGAGAGGCUCGCUCUCCGCAAGAGGGCUCCCCUGGAAGUUCCUCCAGUGAUUAUCAAAGAGUGGAGCAGCGGUAAGGCCAAGUCGGCCUUGACACCAGAGCUGGUUCCCGCCUUGUGUUUCCGUGAGUGGACCUGCCCCAACCUCCGGCGGCUCUGGUUAGGUCGUGCCAGCGAGGACCGCUCCAGGAGAACCAGGGCCUUCCUGGCCUGCCUACGCUCAGACUGUCCAGCCCUCCUCAACCCAGCACAGGUCCCACAGCAUCUGCUGCUCAUGUGCUGCGUGCUCAGGUAUAUGAUGCAGUGGCCUGGAGGAAGGAUCCUCCAGAGACAUGAGCUCGAUGCCUUCCUGGCCCAAGCUGUUUCCAGCCAGCUCUAUGAGCCUGACCAGCUACAGGAGCUGAAGGUGGAGAAGGUGGAUGCUCGCGGCGUGCAGCUGGCUGCUCUCUUUAUGGCCGGCGUCGAUACGGCGCUGUUUAUCAACGAUGUCUGCGGUCAGCCGUUGCCGUGGGAACACUGCUGCCCCUGGGGCUUCUUCGACGGUAAACUGUUCCAGAGCAAACUGGCCCGAGCCGCCCGCGACCGAGCCGCCCUGCUGGACAUGUGUGAGGGGCAGGAAGAGCUGGUGUCCAAGGUCGAGAAGAUGCGCCAGGCGAUCCUCGAGGGCAUUAACCUGUCUCGCCCUCCUCCUCCACCACCACCUCUUCCACCUCCUGCCUUCCUUCCCCCUGCCAUGAUGCCCCCUUUCUACCCCAUGCCUCCUCUCUACCCACCCCGUCCCAUGGGCGGCAUGCCCCCGCAUCACCCACACCAUCCACACCACCCAGCCCAGCACAGGCCCCGAGGCUUCCCAGGCAUUCAGUCCAUCCCCCCUCAGGGAGGGAAACUGGAGAUCGCUGGCAUGGUGGUUGGUCAGUGGGCUGGCAACAAACCAGUCCGUGGGAGAGGGGGCUUGAACAUGCAGGUGGUGUCAGUGGGAGCCGGGAAAGGGAGGGGUAAAGAGACUCCAGCAAAACUAAGGGGAGGGAAGAAGACAACUGCCAACAGAACACAGACGUCGUCCCCCCCAUCCAGCAGUCCCCCAAAGCCCUCCGAGGAGGCGGGCUCCACGCCAGAGGUUGCCUCUCAGCAGCUGAACGGCAGCUCAGCAGCCUCCGCCAUCGGCCAGCCCUUGGAGCUGACUCCCCUGGCCCAGCCAACCCCGUGUGCCUUAGCCAGCAGAGACAACCAAUCAGAGGGGGUGGAAGUGGAGGCCCCCUGUUGCCUUGACGACUGCCCGUCAGACGGAGCACUACAGAAGGAGGAGUGAUGGCAUCCUUAUCAGGAUGUGCUGCUCUAAGAGAGUUAUCUGUGUUCGACUGCCUUUCCCUGUUUUUGUAGCCCUGUCUGCUAGCUGUGCACAUCAUCACACGGCGCAGGAGGCGACGCGAGGCCCGUCCUCGCCUCCCCUGCUGCGACGUGUGAUUAGCUAAACCAGUUAGCCGUUCCCCCCUCCCCCCUAUAAGUUUUCUCAUAUGGUUUUACAUUGUUUCUGAAGAGAGGUUUUUCCAUGAGUCCGUAAGCGCCCCACCUGUCAAAAAAAAAAAAAAAUCCUCCCCUAUCCGCACUCAGAGUGAAAUAAGCUUAAAGCCCCGCCCCAUCACCCCCACAUCUUUAAUCAAUCCCGCCCCCGUUUAUUAGGGCUGUCUGUACAGUUUGAUUAUUUUGUUUUUUCAGUCGUCCCGUUGUUCGACUCUCUGCACACAAACGUUAAGCAUGCGGCGACGGUGACAGGCGGUCGUUGUAUGUUGAUGUGGUUUGUUGCCAUAGCCACCUCACGAGAGGUCAGAGAUGUUCAGAGUCCGACUCUUCUGUGCAGCGACCCUCGCCAAACUCCAUUCUGCAACCAGGUCGGCUGGCAGCGCUGCUAAACACACAGCGGUAGCACUCGCAUCAAACCCCGUUAUUUUUUGUUUUGUUUUAGUUUUUUUCUUUGAUUGAUUUGAUUGGUUAAUCUGUCACUGAAGCACUUCUGCACCACCACGGCAUUAGUGUGAUAUCUUACUUUGCCCAGUGUAGCAUAGCCUAGUGCUUAGCUGUGCUAAGAGAUCCCGUGAAUUUAUGCACCUUAAGCCCUACAGUAUGCAAGAUUAUCCCCCGACCCUCCAAAAAAAAAAAAAAAAAAAGUGCAUUAUUAUGUUAUUGUCCCACCCCUCACCCCGCCCCCUUCCCCUCCUCCCAAAGCUUUGAUUGUACUACCCCAGCAGAAGCACUUAAUGUUGUAUUUAAAUAUAAUGGAUUUAAACAAGCCCCUACACAGUUGAAUUGACAGUCGGUGAGGGGCGUUCCCCCGCACCCGAGUAAAUCAUUAUGACACAUAGAUCUACAUUUAAAGGUAGAGAUCUAUUUGAGAGACGUCAGAAUGUGAACAGAGUGGUUUCAGACAAAGAAGCACUUUGUUUUAAAAAAUGUUAAACCACACUGGACAGUCCUCUAACAGUUGAUAUAGAAAUGACAACCUCUCUGAGGCACCUUCUUCAGUUAAAGGCCAAAAACGUAGAAAUGGAAACUGUCCAGUAAAAGAUGGAAAUGAGCGGUGAGGUUUUUGGGCGACUGCUGCCAGGCAGAGUUCCCCUCAGACUGCCCUCACACAUUCACUUUGCUAUGAAGCUAAAAGGAGUCUUGAUCGUCCACGUCGAGGAGAUCCUGGGAAUCAUUUCAGAUUUCUUAAAAACUAUUUCCAAAGUGUAUUUUCAUAAGACAUAUGUGAUAUAAAAGGGGCGUGGCAGCAAAGCCUCAAAAGAUUGAGCAGCUGUUGUCAUUACGAAUGCCCGACACUGAGAGCCGCUGCUCGGCGAAGCUCCGGUGUGUCACUUUAGACCAGCAGGAAGCACUUCCCUGCCCCUGAAGCGCCUCAGCCGAGCGUGGCGCGAGCCUUCAGGGGCCGGACCGCAUCGUCACUUGACAGGGGAGAGGGAGGCCUCGUGGCGGACCCCGAGCGUGCCGCUCACAAUCUGAGACUUCUAGGAAAUGUUUUAUUAGAGCAUUUAUGUUUGUAGAGAAUGAAAUGUGUCCCCCACCUCCACACACACACAGUAACGUCUCAUCUGACAAAGGAAAUACAAGCAUGUACCUUCUUAACGAUUAGCUGUAGCACAACUGCAAACGUCAAAGCAGUAGAGCGACAGAUACUGCCUGAGAGAUGCUGGCCACGGUCGUUGUAAUCUCUCUAAAACGUACGUAGACAGGCUGAAAUAAACUCGUCACAUGGAAAAAAGGGCAAGUCAGCAAAGAAGCACCUUAUUUUCUUACUACAUUGAUGACUUGCGCUUCAUCGUGUGCCACAAAAUUUGACACGGAAGAAAAAAGCUCCUAUGAAAUGCUUUUUUUUUUUUUUUCUUUCAUUUGUUUUUUGUUUUUUGAAGGAAACAGAAGACCCUGACUAUAUAUAUAAAUAUAUAUAAGUAAGUGUUAAUGUAGUCGCGUCAGACAUCCCCUCUGUUAUGAACUCAGCCAUUUACAGUGACACGCUGACAGUCGACCCAGCCGUGAGCGUAGGCCCGCCGAGGCCACGCCGCCGCCUCUUACACCAACACCAAAUGAAAUCAAAAAAAGGUUCGGACUAGUUAGCCGUUAAUGGGUAGGGAUCUACGAGCACUUUAGGUGUUCUUAGGUUAAGAGUAGGUAAACAGCGUCGGGGCUUAACACAGGACUGUAAAACAGACACCAAGACUAGGCUAGAGAAUAUAGCUCCACUGGCCGAAAUACUAAGUCUAGAAUUACUAGGAGUCAUAUACUUAACUGCUUUCAACUUUUGACAUUAGUACAAAUACGUGUAUUGCAGCAGUACAUUGUUAGAAGAUGGCUUUUCUGCGGCGAUCCAGAGUGUGACCUGGUAUUUGAUGCCCUCUCUCGAUUCGCUCGCCAGAUAACAGUUACACACACACACACACUCAUAUGUUCACAAUACACAAACACACACACAGAGGAAUCAGUUGCAUUUGUUACCAGCGGCAUUCUCUCUGCUUUCGUGCUGAAGUGAUUUCUUUUCGUGCAGUUUCAGUUCCCAGUGGAGUGGUCGUCAGUUCAUCGGAGAUCUUUUUUGGUAACACUUUCUACUGACCGCGAGGAGAAAGAAAAAAAUAAAUAAAUCCCACAUUCACGUUCAAGUUUUUGCUGCAUGGACACAGAUUGGAGAAACACACGCGCACACCGACACACUUUUAGAAUACACGCACAUAAUAAACACACGGAUAUAUAGAUGUUAAAUCCUGAGUUACACAGUAGGUAGUUUGGAAAAAAAAAAAGAAAAAAAAAGUCAACACAACACAUGAUGUAGUGUCCCUCUUUUGUCCUCGUCUGUUUUAGUUUGAUAGGUAUUUGAUCAGUGAUUUUUAUGCUUGUUAUCCUCUAACCCGCCCCUGCUAUGACACUUCUUCUCGCUGUUCAUCCAUUUAUUCUUUUCUCCCACCCUCAAAUUUUUCCUCAGCCUCCUUGUAGAGUACUUACAUCCACGAAAACACACACAGUCACAUACACACAUAAACCAAGCCCACUGCAGACACACACACAGAUAUCCUCCACACAGGUUAAUCCCACCCCUGACCUCCUCCCACUGUAUCUCAGUUUCCUUUCACCUCCUUCUCUGCUGCUCCGUUAGCCCCUUUAGGACCGUUUCUAUUGGCCGUUUUUAUUUUUUCUCUUUUUCUCUUCGGGCUGCCCCGCCCCCUUAAUCAACCCAACUAACAGUAAAGGUUAUAUUAACGUUGAUAAUCAGUUUCUGUAUGUAUCUAGCCAGAGUGGAUUUAAAAAAAAUCAGAAAAAAAAUCAAAACUGUUUUAUUCAAUUGUGCAAAAUGUGUUUUUUCUUACUAUUUUUAAUGUUAUUACAUCUUCUAAUCUAAUCCUUCUACCAUCGCUUCAGUUAGUACUGAAAUACGCUUAGCCAACCUAGAGAUUUGAACUGUAACGAUCGCCAUUUUCCUUACCUGUAUUUUAUAUGGCAUCUGUAGACCACUUCACCGUUUUAUUAUUGUACGUAAGUAAAUAUUGCCCGUUUUUUCGGAUUGAAAAUCGUCGUCUGCACUAUGUUCGAUUCUCAUAUUAUUCCCGAUAACGAGUUUUCGCUCUUCGUCGUUAAUCAAAGCUCAACUCUGCGCCCUUGCACAAAGCAGCGAAAUAUCUCUUGUGAACACCUGAGAACCAAAGUACACCUAGUAUCCCCGUCUAUCCCUCCGCCCCCCAAAAACGAGCUCCUCUAUAGCCCCUCCCCCUGCCCAACAUUGACAGCUCCCCGCCCCUCCACCCUGAGUAAUAAGUUUCUGAUGAUUAUAUGUAUAAUGACAUUACAGCACGUGUGAUUUAUCCGACAGAUCUGUGAGGUAACGGUGUGGUGUUUCAUUUUUAUUUUGUUGUUUUUCAUACUGUGGUUUUCGUGGAGAUGCAGACGGAGUGAGCGUCUCAUCAAAAUCUCCCGCUCGCUCCUCACGGUGAAGUUUUAGGCGGUGUGAACCGCUCCACUCGCUCCCAUCACAUCAAAUUAUUACAAGUAACCACACACACGGGAAGAAGGAAUGACACCUGACAAAUAUGUUCUCUGUCACGCCAAGCUUCUUGGCGCCCUCUUUUGCUUUUUGUUUUCUUUUGCUUUUUUCUUCAAAACUUUGUCUUUUAACUCCCAGGACUCGAGCUGAACGAGUCUUUUCAUGCUGUACGUGGGCACUGAGGCGGAGGAAGGAGAGACGGUUUUCCUCACAGUGCGAAUCUGAGAUUGAUUGACCAUCCAGGAGGUUUAUUCACAUCAAGGAAAUAAACAUUUUAGCCAUGAGGAUCUGCUUUCAGAGCUUUCGGGCUUCUCAUACAAAAAAAUUUGAUAGAAUCUCAUAGUUUUGUGGACUUGAACUUGCAAUUUUAAUUAUGCCGUUUUGCUGCUGCAAGAUGAGCAAUUUUCUGUCACUUACUACAAAACUUACUAAUCAGAAAGCGUAUUUGGUAGUUGUAGGGCCGAUCUCUUGGUGGAAAUUAGUGUUUUAUUCUGACAUUUGUACGUUUAAACCAUAAGCUAAUUGACGUUAGUCUCAUCGAGCUGCAGAAAAUACAGCUACUUCCUGGGACAUUUUAAUGCAAUCAUUAAGUCAUAUUUAAAGGAAUUGUUAGCUGCAUCGUUGACUUCAUGAUCGGAUAUGAUUUAGGCUAAAUAUAUAAAUUUUAGACAGUUGGUCUGACAAAAAUAAGCGAUUUUAAGAUGCUGUCUGUUACUUUUGACAUCAGUAGUGAAAAUCAUUGCAAGUUGCAGACCUUGUUAGUUAAUCCCAGUUCAUAGUCAACAUCCUGUUUUUAUAGUGAAUAAAAAAUAUUUUCCAUCUUAGUUAGGGCAUUUAUUGGUUUAGAGGCUUUUGUUCAAAUAAAAAGAAGCAAUUUUAAGACAUUUUCUCCACUAAAAGCUGUUUUAUUUUGAAGGAAUCAAUAAAGCAAGCCUUAGAUGCAGUCCUAGUUAACAAAUUCCAAUCCAUGGCUUACAUCUCGCUUUGAUCAUCAUAAAAUUUUAUUUCCAGUUUCUGAUUUAAAUCAGGAGGUUUAAACCAUCUCAGCUGAAGUGCUGUGAGGAAAAGUCUUGCUCUCUGACUGAAAUGAUAGUAUUUGUGUCAUAAAGCUGGUUAAAAGUAACCUCCACCUCUCUGCCUACGAAAACGGGAGCAUCCUCUGAAGAGAAGCAAAAGCCCCAGAACAGGAGUGUGUGCGUGUAUUGUAGAAAUGAAACAGUAUUAUCUUCUGUCAUACAGAAAGGAGUCAUCGGUUGGGUUGUAUCUGUCCAGGAAAUCUCACAGCAUUUUUGUCCGGUUUGAAUAAGGGUCCCUAAUUUCUGUCUCUCUCUACACUGCCACUCUCCCCCCCUCAACAGCCCCCCCAGAAGGUUCAGAAUAACCUGUUCCCCCCCUUCCACCUCCCUCCCUUCGUGGCCGAGUCCUCGUCAAGUUGGGGGCCGUUUCACAUCACGUCGGUCAAUGUAUCAGUACCCAGAACCACCCAAAAACUACCUGUGCAGCGAAAAAAGGGUUAAAAUUUAUCCAUAAUAUUAUUGUUAUAGAAAUAUUAUCAUCAUCAUUAUUGCUGUUAUAAUUAUGGUUGGUAUAAUUUGUCAUCAUUGUUAGCAUUAUGGAAGCACCAGACGGUUUGUGGAAAGGUGAGAGAAAGUUUUUUUUGUUCUUUUGUUUUUAAUUUGUCUGGCUGUUGGUGGUCUGAUCUCACAGAGGCAGGGGAGGAAUGGUUCAGAAAGAGACAAAGAUGGCAGUCAUGUUUGUACUGGUUGGGAAAUGACUUACAGUGCUGAAAUAAAAUUUAUUCUUUUAGUAAA